CAAAAUAACCUGUAUGCGAAGAAAAUAAUUGCUAUACUGUAUAGACACCUUUCUUUCUUUUCUUCCUUCCUUCUUUCUUUCUUUCUUUCUUUAACUAAUACGUUGCUCCAGUAAAACUGCGCAUGCGUACCCAGGUGAAGAAUUUGCUGGCAUCCGGCCACCGGUACUAUAGUAACGCGUAAGUGUACUUAUUAUGGGAUGCGGUAACUAUAGCAGCGUAUACUCAAAAUGAGGUGACAGAAAACGCUUUCCCGUGAGGAUAAUUUAUGUAACGGUACUAUUUAGCUAAGUUAAAUAAUGAUCAAAUUAAGGUCAAAAUUGACUUUCCGAGCGAUUGGGAAUACAGAUUUAGAUGUUUUAAUGUCAAAAUAUCAGGCUAAGAGAAUAUCAGUGACUGAAAUGCGACCACUUUUUUCUCCUAAACUGAGAGAAGCAGUCAGUAGAGCGUCACAGACCCCUGAGAGAGACUGCAAUAAAAACCCAUACGGCGCACAGUACCUUCGGAAAAACAUUACUAACAGCAAACUUUCCUGUUUUACAUUAUUACCCGUCGAGGACACGGCUGAAGGAGUAAAAUUUAAUGUUAUUUCGUCGAAAAAACAGCAGCCGAACAGCCUCAGAAGAGACAUUCAUGCACCCGUGCUGAGUUUGAGCUCAGAAAACACUCAGUGUCAUGGCUUUGGGCGACAUUUUCUGUUUGAUCCGAGAUGGGAAAACGGGAUUUUCUCCAACACUCAUCAGCAUUCAAAAGAUGAAGAUCUGUUCUUCAAACAUUCAAUUCUUUUACCUCCAGUUCCCAAUCCAGCAUGCAGUGUAAACAGGAAGGAGUCGCCUUUCACAGUUACAGAGUCCUGUACUUUAGUCUCAGUAGACGGGUGCAGACUUAAUGCUGUAUCGUCAGGUCCGGUAUCGAUUACAGCGGCACCCAUCAGCGCACGCAGAAUCUCCAAAAACACGAGGAUAAAGAGCAGAGUGUGUAAUCUCUCCGCUCUUAAAUUAACCACCACUGAUCAGUCGUAUGCAGAUCCAGUGUUGGGAGCUUCAGCGUCGUUCAUCCAGAGACUUCUGGAAAUGUCCACCAUGCAGGAGAAAACAGUUCGCCAAGAGAAGAUCAAAGAACUCAAGAAGAACAGGAGGCACGAACUCUAAUCGUACGAUCUGCUGUUAAUAGAAAAGACAGUAAAAGCUUUCUCGGCCAGAAAUGAAAUGUAUACAGAGUUCCCCCAAUUCUGAAUGUCAGCCAGGACGUGUAUGUCAUGUGUGUCUGAAGUUUGCUUCUUUAGUUUUGCACUGUAGCUACAAAGCUAAUGUAGCUAAUAAAUGAUGGUAGCUUAGAGCCCCAUUAAAGCAUCAUGGAAAUUAAACAUCA